CGAGGCGCAGCAUGCUGACGAGGCGCGAGCAGCUGCUCAUCCGGCCGUGGCAGCAGCGCCGCUACAACAACCACCGGCGGAAGCGCGUGGGGGUGUAUCGGCUGCGGGCGCCGCCGGUGCCCGAGCCGCCUCCGGAGUUCGGCACGCCACCCCCCGGCCGCCGCGGGCGCUGCGCCGCCUGCAACCCCGCGCUCGCCGCCCGCGCCGCCAGUGCCCCGGCCCCGGAAGACCGCUCUCCGACGCCGGCGCCAACCCCGGCCCCGUCGCCGCCCGCCCCGCGCCGCGCCCGCACCGCACAGAAAUUCCAGCAGCCAGCUAAAUGUUUAAUGCACUGUUGCAAGAUGAACAAUGAGCCCUACCACACAUUGGCAUGCUGCUUCAUUAAUGUGGGGGAAAAGGCAAAAACACUGCCAUUCUCUUGCUAUAAUUUUGUAUGCUGCCUAGCAUGUAUUAAUAAACUGAAGAUAAUCCAUUUCACAUGUAAUUUAUACAACCCUGUAUUCAUAUUCACUGGAAUUAAAAGUCAAAAUAUACAAUAA